CGCGCACGCGCCCGCACACACGUACGUGUGCGCGCGGGCAGGAGUCUCUCCACAGACACAGUAACGGCUGAUGGCUCGAGCACGCGGUGUAGUGCCGGUUCUCCUCCUGUGUGUGAGCACAGCGUGGGCCCGGUUGCUCCGGCUGACCGACAUGUACGGCACCAUGUACUCGCCCGGCUUUCCCGAGCCGUAUCCGGAGGACAGCGAGAUCCAGUGGAACAUCAGCCUUCCGGUAGGAUAUCAGAUUCGCCUGUACUUCAUGCACUUCGACAUCGAGCCGUCAUACCUGUGCGAGUACGAUUACGUAAAGGUAUACUCAGGGAGCGAGGAGCUAGCAGUGUUUUGUGGACGAGAGAACACGGACACAGAGCGGGUUCCUGCUGGCGAUGUUAUCUUAUCACCGGGGAACAUUCUCAGUGUGGCGUUUCGCUCAGACUUUUCCAACGAGGAACAUUACUCUGGGUUCGAAGCGCACUACAGUGCAGUGGAUAUAGAUGAGUGCAGAGAUAACAGCGAUGAAGUCGGGGCAUGCGAUCACUUUUGUCAUAACUAUAUCGGAGGCUAUUACUGUUCCUGCCGAUACGGACACCACCUUCACUCCGACAACCGAACAUGUAAAGUGGAGUGCAGUGGCAGUGUGUACACUGAGGGAUCUGGACUGAUCACCAGUGCAGAUUUUCCCAAGCCGUACCCUAAAAGCUCGGACUGUCUCUACCGAAUCCAGCUGGAGAAAGGUUUCUCAGUCACUCUUGAUUUCGAUGAAACCUUUGAUAUAGAAGAUCACCCCGAUGUCACCUGCCCUUACGACUACAUCAAGAUUCAGGCGGACGAGAGAGUGUUCGGACCGCUCUGCGGAGACAAAUCACCCGGCACGAUCCAGACAGGAAGUAACGCUGUCAGCAUCUUUUUUCACAGUGAUAACUCAGGAGAGAACUUGGGCUGGAAGCUCGCCUACACCUCUACAAGCAGUGAGUGUGCCGUUCCUGUGCUGCCACUUAAUGGUCAUUUGGAGCCACUACAGUCUAAAUACUUUUUUAAAGAACACAUCACUGUGACCUGUGACCCUGGCUACUCCGUGCAAAAGGAUGGAGAGAUGUUGGAGCGUUACCAGAUAGAGUGCCAGGCAGACGGGAACUGGAGCAGCCGCAUACCUCUCUGUAGAAUGAUUGACUGCGGUUCCGUAGAUACAUCUUUAGGAGACGUGGUGUAUACUAACUCCAGCAACAGUACUGCAUUUGGAUCCAGGAUCCUAUACAGCUGCAGGAGUGCUCCUGGAGAACAGAGUACAUAUACAUGUGAUUGGAGAGGUGUAUGGAUAAAUGAAAAUGGAGAAACGCUGCCCAACUGUCGACGAGAUCUGGAGAACACCACACAGUCGGAUUCUGAAUUCCAGUUGCCUACUACACCUAAAGCCCAAGCAGCAUGCGGCGAGGAGUCACGCCCCUUCCCAACGCACCAGAAGCGGAUUGUCGGUGGUCGCUCGGCAAUUCCGGGCCUUUUUCCCUGGCAGGUUCUCCUGUCCGUGGAGGACACAUCCCGUGUUCCUACGGGCCGCUGGUUCGGUAGUGGUGCUCUCCUGUCUGCGUCGUGGGUGCUCACAGCUGCACACGUGCUCCGGAGACACCUCAGGGACCCGUCUGUUAUCCCCGUGGAUCCCACACAUGUACAGGCGACACUGGGGCUGACAGACGUCCGGGACAAAAACCUGUCUUUUGGGAGCUCAGUUGAGAAGCUCAUCCUCCAUCCAGAAUUUGAUCCACACAACUACAACAAUGACAUCGCCCUGGUCAAACUCAGCCAAGAGGUGGCACUUAAUGAGCUUGUGAGGCCUGUUUGUUUGCCCCCGCCCUGGGUCAGAGGCCAGACGCGGACACCCUUGCCUCACACGCUGGGCGUGGUUGCGGGUUGGGGGAUCAACAUGCCUAAUAUCUCUGCUUCGGGCAGCGGGAUAUCCUUCGAUCUCGGUGUCGUGUCCGAGGUGCUGCAGUACGUGAAAUUGCCGGUUGUCGCGCAGGAGGAGUGCGAAGCCAGCUACAACGCACGCUCUGCAAGCUACAACAUCACCGAGAACAUGUUCUGUGCCGGGUUUUACGAAGGAGGACGUGAUACGUGUUUAGGGGACAGCGGAGGUGGAUUUGUUAUAAAGGAUCCCCACAGUGGGAGAUGGGUAGUGCAGGGUCUGGUGUCCUGGGGCGGGCCAGAGGGGUGCGGGAGUCGGCAGGUGUAUGGGGUGUACACCCGAGUGGCAAAUUACGCAACCUGGCUGCACAAAACCAUGAACACUGACUGCUGGUGGUGAUUUUAUUUUUUUUUAUGUAUGUAUUCAUUUCUCUGUAUAUUAUUCUGUGUUUUUUUAUGACUUCAUGUACGCUCUUUUAACAGACUCUAUAGCAUAUAUUAUAGCACAUGAUGUUUACUUAAUCAUUAUUUAUGACGAAUCCACAAUCUGAAAGCUCACAUGGUUUGGAUUUGUAACUACUAACAGUGUAAUUUGAUUUGCAUUUAACAGAAAGAGCAAUUACAAAUUAACUGUAGGGGUUUAGGGAAGGUUUCUUUGCAGCCAUGUAAAACAUAAGGGCACACUUUACAGUCAGGGUACAUUAAUAAACAUUUCUCUAUAAAUCAGUACAAAAAAAUGUGAACAUCAAUAUUCAGACCUCAAAAUUUGUGCAUGCCUAUAAAAUUACACAUGCAACCAUUUAGUUAGCAAAAUGUUUUUUAAUAUUAA